GGCGCGCACACGGCGGCAACUUCACUCUGGACGUCGGGGCUGUCGGUGGGCGAGCUUGGCGGCGAGGUGGUGGCGAGAGACCGAGGGCGAGAGAUUGCGAGAGACAGCGUGGCGCGCGCGCCCUUGUCGAAGAGUAACCGUAAUCGCGUAGAAUGGGAAGGUUACAGAGAAAUGGUGCUGUGCUAGUGGUGAUAUGCCUCCUGAUAGAGACAAAUGGCUUCUAUGUGCCUGGAGUUGCUCCAGUGGAGUUCAAGAAGGGCCAGAAGAUUGAUGUCAAGGCGGUCAAGAUGACUAGCACUCAUACUCAACUACCAUACGAGUAUUAUUCCCUCCCGUUUUGCUUACCCAAGAAUGGGACCUUCAUUUACAAGUCUGAGAAUUUGGGUGAGGUGUUGCGUGGCGACAGGAUAGUGAAUACUCCAUACGAAGUCGUAAUGGCGGAAGAUAUCACCUGCAGGCUACUGUGUCACAAGCCAACCAAGUUGAUGACCUGGGAUGAGGCGAAUUCCCAACACGUCAUCCAGAUGGUCCAGCAUGAAUAUUUCGUGCACCUAUUGAUAGACAAUCUACCAGCAGCUACUAAGAAGAAGCACAAAGAAACGAAUAACGUAGUGGUUUACCAAGGGUAUCGCCUAGGUGGAACUAUGAAUGAUCAAGUGUACAUCAAUAAUUAUCUUAAGCUAAAGUUAAGCUACCAUAAACACGGCGAAAACGAAUUUAGGGUAGUCGGAUUCGAAGUCGAGGCUCGAUCCAUCGAUACGUCGCAAUUGAAGUUUGAUGGGAAUACUUGCAUUCUACCGAGCGAGGCGAGCCCGCAGUUCGUCAACCCGAAGGGCACGAGCCUUCUCUUCCUGUACUCGGUGGAGUGGAAGCAGUCAGACGUCAGUUGGGCGAGCAGAUGGGACGUGUAUCUUGGCAUGAGCGACGUCGAAAUUCACUGGUUCUCGAUCAUCAAUUCUCUCAUUGUCGUUUUCUUCUUGUCUGGAAUUCUUACGAUGAUCAUGGUAAGAACGCUCAGAAGGGACAUAGCUCGCUACAAUGCAGGCGAGAGCGAUAGUCUGGCGGGCCUGGAUGAAACCAUCGAGGAGACCGGCUGGAAACUGGUCCACGGGGACGUGUUCCGGCCGCCGACCAACUCGCGCUUAUUCGCCGCCGUAAUCGGCAGCGGCAUCCAGAUAUUUUUCAUGGCACUGAUUACAAUAUUCUUUGCGAUGCUGGGAAUGUUGUCGCCGGCGAGUCGAGGAGCCUUGGGCACUUGCGCGAUAUUUUUGUAUGUGUUCUCCGGAUUAAUCGCCGGCUACUUCUCGGCCCGAUUGUACAAAACUAUGCGGGGUCGAGAGUGGAGAAGAGCCGCUUUACUGACGGCGACGUUCUAUCCAGGUAUAGUCUUCACGACAUGCUUCUUCCUAAAUUUCUUCAUAUGGGGGAAGCACAGCUCUGGUGCAGUCCCUUUCACCACGAUGGUGGCCCUGCUGUGCCUUUGGUUCGGCAUCUCGCUACCUCUCGUCUAUCUCGGUUACUUCUUUGGCUAUCGCAAGCAGCCGUUUACACAUCCAGUUAGAACGAAUCAAAUUCCCAGACAAGUUCCUGACCAGCUGUGGUAUAUGAAUCCAAUAUUAUGUACUCUAAUGGCUGGGAUCUUACCGUUCGGCGCGGUAUUUAUUGAACUCUUCUUCAUCCUGACUGCGCUUUGGGAAAAUCAGUUUUACUAUCUUUUUGGAUUUCUAUUCCUCGUUUUCUGUAUCCUUGUAAUCUCGUGCUCGCAAAUAUCAAUAGUCAUGGUCUACUUCCAGUUGUGCGGCGAAGACUACAGGUGGUGGUGGCGCAGCUUUAUUGUAAGCGGCGGAUCGGCGGUCUAUGUGUUGGCAUAUUCUAUCUUUUACUUUGUCACUAAACUAAAAAUCACCGAGCUAGUACCGACUCUUAUGUACUUCGGCUACACCGCGCUGAUGGUCCUCACGUUCUGGCUACUGACUGGCACGAUCGGUUUCUUCGCCGCAUACGCUUUCAUCAGGAAGAUAUAUGCGGCCGUCAAAAUAGACUAGUCAAAAUUAUCAUUAGAGUAAUGCGACCGAAUAAAUUUAGACUUUUAAUUUAAUCGAGCGAGAGAAAGCGAGUAUGAGCGAGAGAGAAAGAGUGAGAAAGGACAGAGUUAAGGUUUUCGCAUCGUAGGAAUGAUAGGUGAAGCGCAGCAGAUGCAUCUCAUCUUCCACGAAAUUUCGAAAUUGCGAACGUUGCACAUGACUUUAUGACUGACGUGUACGAACAUUUGGUGUACUGACAUGGUUACGUGUCUAUUCUUGCGUCCGUCAUGAGUACAAUGUAAGCUCCACGUUUGCCGCACAAUUCGAAAUUUGUGAAAUCCGCAAUGUACAAAAAAAAAAGACAGUGUAGGAAAAGAGAUGUAUUGAAAGGUUGUUGCAUUUUGAAGAAAGUAUUUUUUGCUUUUUCAAAUUUCAUUUUUCAUUUAUUUAGAAUAAAUAUUUGCGAAGAAAAAAGUUUCUCUAAUCUUUAUUUUGAAAGAAAACAUUGCGAUUUUCUGUUUGCUACUUUUCAUAAGAAAAAAUAAAUUUUUUGUACUUGCAAAUGUACUCAAAAUAUGUGUAUAAGAAAUUGUGGAGCGAAUGUGGAGCUCCAAUGUAUAAUAAAUCUCUAUUUUAUUUAUAAAUUAACUCUUAUUGUUAGAUGCAAGGUUUCUCCCGUGAGUACUUAUAAUUUACGACGUAUAUACACACAUACACACAGAGAAGAAAAUAAUCGAUCUAAUCCACGGAACAGUUGGAUGUUGGCUAUAUCAAUAAUGUUCCAUGUCCCAAGACAAGGAAUUUUGUAAAAAAUAUUCAAGUGAUGUGAUAUUAGUAACAGUCAAUGUACGAAAGUAUUAUAUAGCCGGUAAAAUGAGCCAGUCUAAAGUGUGUUAUCAUCGUUUCCUUUAAUUGUAAGAAUGCAACAUGCAGUUUCGCAACUGUCUCGGCCGAUCAUUGUUAUGGCAAUGGUAAGCGCAGUACGCGAUGUAUAUGAGUAGUAAUAUAGUUUGUGUAUUUAUACAUAAUUUACGUUCGUACGAACAUACACACAUUUUCAUUUUUCAACUUUGAAUAUUAUUGCAAACUUCCGCGCGCCCAAGUUGACUUGCUAAGAUUUGAUAUUUGUAAUUUUUUUUUUUAACGACACGUGUAAAAUUACGUCAAUACUUAUAUAAAGUCUUUUAGUGUGUCUCGAAUUCUCCGUAAUGGAAUUCUAUGUACAUCGAGAUCGUUAUAAUUAAGAAUAUAUCACAAAGUAUUUUAUACUAUUACUUGUAAAUAAUACGAUGAUGGCUAGCGUGUACGAAAAAAUGUAUACAGAUAUGUCCUAAUCUCGACAAUUAUAGCCUCCAUUGAAUUGCAUUGUAUAUAGAAUUAUUAUAUGCUCGCGUGUUCGUGUCCGAAUGUGUCUCAUGAUAGAGUUAGUCAAGGCAUUUUCAAGCGCGAGUACGCGUGCCGCCUCGGCCUGAGUUUUAUAAUCAAAUAUAUCAGUAUGCAUGGGAGACUACAUUUAUAAAUAGUGAUCACAGUAGAUUCCACGGGCAUGUAGCACUUGGAGACGGAGUAAUUGUUGGGAGUGAAAGUACCCUGAAAUAGAAAUAAUUCACAGAUAUAUCAUGUCCCAACGGGAAGAUAAUUAACCUAUUGAAAAAGCCAUAAUAUGAUAAUACAAAGAAUUCCAGUUAAACAUUAUGCUUUUGUCUUCUAAAGAAUCCAGUUUAUAAUAUCAGAGUUAUUAAAUAGUCAUUAUAAAAAAAUCUAUGCCUGAAAGUGGAAUGACGAAAAGUUUGAGGAAUAUUAUUUAUCACCAAUAUUAUUUUUGGCAAAUAAUAAAUAAUACUCCUUAAAUUAUCAA